CUUUGAAUGCUUGAAUUUUAUUUUAUUUUAUUUAGCUGAACUAUAUGUUUUUCUUAUACUAAAUUGUAAAUAUCUUUAUCUAAAAUGAGCAGUUCAUCUGUUACAAUGAAAAGACUUUUACAUACAUCUUUUUUGGCCAAAAUUAAAUAAAAAACAAGAAAGGUAGUAGUUUAGAUCCUAUGGUGAGCAUCUGGUUCAUCUAAUCCAAAGCACCAUGAGGUUCAAAAAAGAGCGCUUGUGGCGCCUUGGAGUGAUCGUUUGCACGGGUGAGAGGUGAGUGUUGUUGUGGAGGACAUUGUUUCUUUGCCUCCAUAUGUGGUAUACAAGGACAUGAGUGAGUAAUGUCCUUAGAACAGCCGGAGCUGCUACUGAUUGAGCUCUACACCAAGAAAGAAGCUAUGUCCAUGUGAAGAAAGCUGGCUGAUGCGGUGAUAGUCUAGCGAAAGCUUGUGCCCAGAUUUGCAGGGAAAACCUGCAGUUUAAAAACAAGUGCUCUCUGGUUUCGUCUGAGCAGUUGCAUAGACAGCAAGCUCGUGUAAUAUUCAUACCCCAAGAAGCAAGACGGGUUCGUGUAGGCAGUCUGUUUAAUGUGGCUAGCCACAUAGUAAAAGCUUGUUUAGGGACUGCACCUUUAUACCAUACAAUUGGGGCCCAAGAUCUUGCUGUUUCUCGGGGUCUGAUGGCUUCCCGUGUCUGAGAGGAAGAGUAGCCAUUGCAUAGAGUUCCGUACACCUUCCAGCAGUAGGAGUCAUCCUCAUCUAAGAUCGUGGGAGGGGUGAUGGAUGUGAGAGCAAUGUGAAGCUGAAGAGCUGCCUCUGAUCUCGGAGAAGGGAGAGUCCAUGAGAUACCAUUUGAGGCAUCAGACACUUUAGCAUUCAGAGGUAUCCCUAGUUCCCUAGGUCCCGAGUCUCCAAGGAGGUGGAUGAGAGGACCAGUAGGUAGCUAUAGUCGAACCAGAAUCUGAGAGAGAGCCCGUUGCCAACUGAGAAGCAAGUGGACGGAGGUUAAGCAAUGUUAUCCAAGUCCAAGAGUCGUUGCUGGUUUGUGUGACUGACCAUAAGCUUUUUUUGUUGGAGGUGAUGAUGAUUGUGCCAAGCUGCCCAAAGAGAGUCUGAAUUUGCAAAUAGGAGCCAGAUAAAUCGGAGACACAACACUUUGUCCCAUACCCUAUAUUUCCUGAGUCCUAAGCCGCCUUCUGGCUUAGGUAGACAGACCUUAUUCCAAUUUACCUUGGCGCCUUUGGCUAUCUCUAUUUGGCCAGACCAUAGGAACCGAGAGCAUAGGCUUACAAUCUUCUUAACACAUCCUUUAGGGAGCAUAAACGUUGAGCACCAGAAGUUAACAGUUCCUGAGAUCACCCUUGAUAUAAGAAGAAGCCUACCAGCAUAAGAGAGUGUUUUGACUGCCCAUCCCCUGAAUUUUCAUAUUCAGAAAUCUUCAGCUUUCGAUGCAUAAGGAGUAAGCCAAGAUAUCUGAAUGGUAGUGAACCAAUAGGGAACCAUAGCUGGCUAUAGCCAUGGAUUCGAUUUGGUUCAGACCUGCGUGGAAUAGCUCAGUCUUGUGCCUAUUCAUUUGGAGACCCGACCAACUAGCAAAAUCAUCCAAAGUUUCGUAGAUACCACCAUGAAGAGAGGAACUAGAACCGUCGAAAAAUAUCCUCACAUCAUCGGCGAACAUUAAGUGCGAAAUGUUGAGCGCCGCCGUGUUGGGAUGGUACGGGAUGUAGCCAUUGUCAAAUCUUGAGUUGAGUUAAUGGAGUGAAAACCUCCAUGGCAUGAAAUUAAGCUGAUUGCGAUGGGUGAUAUGACAUGAGAGAGAAUAUCGCGCAGCCUUGAUGCAAGAAGCUUUGCAAUGACUUUGUAGACAGGGUUUAAGCAAGCAAUAGGCCUAAACUCUGAAGUUCUGCAAGCAGUAGGCGUCUUAGGGAUCAGAACGAGCGUGGUGGAGUUCCAUUGCUUGAGAAGUUGACCUGACGAGAAGAAUUCAGUCACUGCUUCACAAACCUCAGCUCCGAUUAUAUCCCAAUACCCCGUGAAAGAUUCAGCAGAAUAGCCGUCAGGGCGGCACGCUUUGUUUCUUGGGAGUGAGUAGAAAGCUUCUUUUAUUUCUUCUUUUGGAGAACCCUUUCUCAAGUCCAGUUGAUUCAGAUGUGGAGCAUCUGAAAGGAAGCAGAAGCUCGAUAUCACUAUGCAUAAACAUCAGUGGUGACACCUCCCCUCCAAGGAGGUCUGAGAAAUAAUAAUCCACACAAAGGUUUUGGAUUCCUUAUUGUGUUUCCCUUUUGGUGUCAUGCUCCUCCAUUAGAAAGUGGAUAUGGUUUGCUGAUUUUCUCAAGGAUAUGAUCCCAUGAUAGAAAGACGUACUGCUGUCGCCCACUUGCGACCAGGUGAGUCGGGGAUCUCUGAUAUAAGAAAGAUUCUUCUGCUGUAGCUAGGAUCUGCCACUUUCUUUGGGCUUCGGCUUCUUCAGCAGCUAGCAUAGGCCAUGGGUUCAUGAGGAGCCUAGUUUGGCAAUCCUGAACGGUUGUGUGUGUGCGCCUCCUGAAUAACAUUCUUUAGAGCCUUGAGUUUGGAGGAAACUCUAAACAUAGCUGAGCCCAUUACAUUACAAGAAUACUAAUGAAAGGCAAUUUGAGCUUUCAGAUCACUAUUGCCAAGAAGAAAGUUAUAGAAUUUGAAAGGCUUCUUCAAUCUUGGAGAAUCAUGCUAUAUAAAAGAUAUGUAAUAUUAUAUGAAAAUUAUCUAUCUAUCUAUCUAUCUCUAUUGUAGUAUAUAAAAGAGAGUUUUCCUCUUCUUCUCAGCGAGACACGUUAGAAAAUGGGUUUCUGAAAACAUGCCUAUACAUUUAAAACACAACCACCACUGACAAACUACUAGUAGAACAUAAUAAAUUCACAUUUUAAAUAAUUGAACAAACCGCAAACGAAGAGAAAGUGUCUACGUGGUUAAAUGUGUAUCUCAGCGGCAUUAUCUAAUCGGAGUUCAACUGAUGACCAAAAGAAAACAAAACAAUAGACCGCAAAUAAGAUAAGAUCCAGCAAAAAGGCUUUGUAUAAGUAUCUCUUCAGCAUCAAAGGCUUAUACCCGAAACAAAUGUGAGAGAGAGAGAUAGACAGAUGGAGAGGACUAAUCCGCACCUUCAAGUUUUCAUCAGUUUCCGUGGUAAAGACGUUCGCGGCAACAUCCUCAGCUCCUUGAAAGAAAAAUUGAAAGAUGAAGGCGUCAACGUGAAGACGGACGAGGAAAUGCCUAGAGGAAGAAAGAUCGAUGAGAAUCUACUAAAGCUGAUAAGAGACUCGAAAGUGGCGGUGGUGAUCUUCUCAGAGAACUAUCCAGAGUCAACUUGGUGCUUGGACGAGCUAGUGGAGAUCAAGAAGCAAAUGGAGCUAAAGAAGCUUGCUCCUCUUCCCAUCUUCUUCGAGGUUAAAGCCUCACACGUAGCACUUAAGGAACAUAAUCCUUUCAAAGACAUUCUACUGCGGUUGGAAGACGACGAAAGAGAAAAUGCCAGAAACGGUUCUAGGGUGGGCUCCGGAAGGAUGCACUGUUGGUCCUGUUUCCUGAGCCGGCGCUUGUUAAAAGAUGCAGACAAGAGGUUUGUCAGGUGGCGGGAAGCUUUGAAAUCUAUAACGGGUUAUUCGGGCUUGAAGUAUAUAAAGGACAGCAACCAAGCCCUCUUUGUCAACCAAAUCGUGGAGACUGUGAAGGAAAUGUUAGACAAAGUACAAUCAUCAGAUGAAGUGCAUGGCCGGAUCAGGGGACAACAUAUUGUGCCACAACAAAAAGUGUUCAUCAGUUUUGGGGGUCAUGGUGAUGACACCCGCCUUGGUUUCAUUUCUCAUUUCCAAGCUGGCUUGAAAAGAAGUGGAAUCAACUUUUACAUAAAUAUUGAAAACAUGACUAAAGGAUAUGACCCCGAAGAGCUUAUCAUGAAUGUCCGAGAGUCGAGGAUAGCGCUUGUGAUCUUCACUGAGAGCUACUUGAGCUCUGCAUGGUGCUUGGAGGAGCUAGUGGAGAUCAACAAAUACACGAUGAGUCUUGUAGUCAUUCCAAUAUUCUACAAAGUGGAACCGAAAUAUGUAAGGGAUGGGAGGCUAGUGGAGAUCAACAACCAGCUAGUCUUGAAUUGGGGAGCUACGGACGUCAGGAUCAACAGAUGGAAGCAGGCUCUUAACUCAGUUGGAGAGAGGUUAGGUUUUGUGUAUGCAAACCCAAGCUCGGAGGCAGAAUUCGUUGAAUAUAUCAUCUGUGAAACUAAGCGGACGUUAGCCAAUACUUCAUCCAGCUAAAGAGAAUUUAUUUCCACCCAUUCUAGGAUCUUCAUGGUCCUCAUCUGCGUUUCCAGUUAUCUUUAUAUAGCAUGCGUGCAUCUGUGUUGAACUUAUUACAAUUAAUGUAUGUGUUGCGUAUCAUAUGUGCUUCUUUGAUUUCCAGACCGUCAUCCAAAUAAGUAGAAAUGAUUAUGAUUA